UUGUCAUUCAGCAAAUUUAUUUCCCAGACAGAUUGAAAUUCCUUUGAGAAGAUAAGGCAGCCAGACAAAACCAUGACCUCCACAGCACGCACGGUUGUGACAGCAAAAGAAACUUUCCAAAUUCUGAUGGAGGUCUCAAAACUUCUGAAUACAGGAUUGGAUGAAACUACCCUGGCCAUAUGUGUCCGGCUGUGUGAAAGUGGCGCUAACCCUGAAGCAUUAGCAAAAGUCAUCACAGAACUGCAGAGAGUGAAAAGAGAAGAGACAGGCAAGGGGCAAGGGGAUGGAGGGCAGUGAAUUGACUUUAUGUGGAAUAGUAAAAGAAGUCAUGUAGAUACUCAUUCAGCUUUUUUUUCUUUCUUUCUUUCUUUCUUUCUUUUUUCCUGAUAUCAUGUUAGGAAAAGUACAUCAAUUAUAAUAUUUUGUGAUUUGUACACAAUGUGUAAUUUGAUGCUAAUGGUUUUAACUUCAGAUAUUCAGUUCAGCAGUUCACAAAUAAUGGAGAUUAGUUCAUUAGUUUUGCACACAAGAAGUGAUCUAUAAAUAGGAAAAGCAUAUAUGUAUGGAUUUUUUCCACUCUUCCUUGAAAUUUAUGUUGCAAAAAUAUAACAAAAGUAGCCAUAAUAUUUUCUUUAUUAUAUCUGAAAAGCAAGAUAUUCUAUUGUAUAGUGGCAUUCUACAUCAUUUUUAAUCUGAUUGAGUUAGAAAUGCUUUCCUUUAAAGAAAAGAUCUGAUAUCACAAAAAAAUACUGUUAACCAGCAUUGAUAGCACUAUAACAGAAGAACUCGAUGUUUUGAAAAUAUAUACAAGGUCAUGAAAAUUGAAAUCCAGAAUAAUCAACUGGAAUAUCUCUGCUAUACUUACUUUUAUGAUGAUGAAGUUUGAAAAGUAGUAGUUUGAAAUGAACUGUUACAGUACAUACUAAUAAUACUAGUUAUAUUUUUUUUCUUUCACGUACAAUUCAGUUUAGAUCAUAUUUGCAAAAUAUUUAAAAUCAUUCUGGGAUGCUAAGAUUCAGGUAUAGACCUGAUUUCAUUCAUCUUUCAAUUUUUCUCUCCAUAAAACACAUAUACUAAACAUAUGAUACAAAAGUCUUGCUUUUUUGUCCCCUUUUAAGGGAACAGUAAUGCUAGUCAUCAGUAGUUUAGUAAUCUCAAGGCAGUAAUACAAUUAUGUAAGAAGAGGCAUUUGAUGGUCUGUCUACAUAUGAAUAGUUUUCUGUCAUCAUCAUUAUAUUGAAUAUGAAUACUGUUUUUGUUUUAUAAAGUUUCUUUCAUAUUCUUGUGGAUGUGAAAAAAUCAAAGACAGACUAAAAUAACACUGUUAUAUUAAUACAGCCAUUUCUAAAACUGCAAUAUUGGAAAAGUCUAUAGGAAAUAUCAAGUAAUUGCAACUGAUUACAUUUUCUCAAAGGUUAUAUUUGACAAAUGUUUAGUGGAAGAAAGCCAUCUGGGGAGUUAGCUUUUGUUUCAGUCCUGAAAUGGAAUAUUAACUUUUGUCUUAUUAUUGAAAAGAAUCCCUCCAAAAGAGUUAAUUAAUUUUAUUUUUGCCAUACUUUAUUUUUGGUAUAUACAUUUUUACUUUUUAGAAUUGAAAAAUUGCAAAUUUGAGCACUGCAUUUUCAGUGGAGCAUGCAUUAUCUGUGGCAAAAUUUUGCAUGUAAAUAAAGUGGAAAGGUUUGCCAACAUACAGAAUAUUUGAUGUGAACAUUUCUUGGUUGAAUAGUAUAUUGCUUAAAUAACUAGCCUUUUGAAAUUGACCUCAGAAAAUUAAUUAAGUAUUAUUUUCAGGUUUUAUUCUUAUCUAACAUAAUUAUACAUACCAUAAUUGCAAUCCUGUCUGUGUAUGUUCCUCAACCAGGAAAUUAAUAAAUGUUUAAAAAAUA